AUGCCCACGCUAUCUUGGAGACACCAUACCCUCAUUCAGUCGCUUCUCUCACGUGGACCGCUCAAGGAAGAUGAUUUCCACUCCAUCUUCUCCCAUGUCACCGGAAAAUCCCCAGGUGCACACCUGCAGCUAUUUAAUGAAUAUCUUCGAAAUAUAAACGUGGAGCUAGGAUAUGUUCAGUUUGAGUUGCGCGCAUGCAGAAAUCAAUAUGAUGGCAACGUGUAUUAUGGGUUGGUUAAUAAUAUUUCAGAUGACCAGUCCAAGCUUGGGACGAAAUAUACUGUUCCUCAGAUUGCUUUCUACAAGGGCAUUGUAGAAGUCAUUAUUCAAGAUGUGGAGGCCCAGGGCAGCAUUUCCAAUAUCCAAGCUCUAAAUAUACGUAUGGAGAAUCAGAUUCCUAGGGGUACUGAUUCACAGUCACAGGGGGGUCCAACCCAGGUCCCUCCUGCAUUCAAGAACUUCUCCAUGGCCCAAAAGGAAAAAACGCUUGAACAACUGAUGCAGGAUAAUUGGCUGUGUUUGACACUAGAUGGAAAAAUUGGACUUGGAGUUAGAUCCUUUCUAGAUCUCCGAAGUUGGUUCCGUACUAAUGAGGUUCCUGCAUGCGAAGUUUGCAACGAAGCUGCAGUGAAGGCUCAACUUUGCCCAAAUGAAGGUUGUAAUGUUAGAAUGCAUCCAUAUUGUCUGAAAAAGAAAUUCUCACGAAAACAGGUCGAAAGAGUUUGUCCCGGAUGUGGGACAAAAUGGCCCGGUUCAGCAGUCAAAGCAGAAGCUGUACAAGAAGAGAACGAUCCAAAUCUUACUUCUCAGAACUCACAGCCCCCGGAACCUUCCGUGAGAGCAAAGCGUAGGAUCCGAGAAGUUGGCAUCAACAAUGCAGAAUCUGAUUCUUGUCCAGUAUCUGCAUCUCUUCACGAGACUAAGAGAGUCACUCGAAAUUCUGCCCGGCUGAAGAGUUUCAGAUAA